GAUUGUCCGUAAAAUGCCUGCUGCUAAAGGCUUGCUCAGUGCUUUCUUGACUUUGAUAGUGAUCUGUUGCAGUGACGGCGAACACUUUGAAGUAACAAUCAUAAACGGUGACUGUGAAUACGACGGCCAACAGGCAAAAAAUAAUGAAAUGGUAAACCUCACUCACCCUUGCCGAAGACAAAUUUGUCGAAACGGAGAAUGGAAAAUACAAUUGUGCCCAGUGUUGCAGGAUGCCGGUCAAAACUGCAUGACUGUGACUGAUCAUCCGAAUGAGCCUUACCCGCUCUGCUGCCCACAUACGCGGUGCGUUGAUAAAAGGCCUGAUGUUCUCACUGCUGACAUGGUCAUAACGCGAGGAAUAACACCUAAACAAGAGAACUGCCAAUACAGGGGGCUGACAGUGCCAAGUGGCGAAACCCAGCGAGCUCAGAGCCCCUGCGUGGAGCUAUUCUGCAAAUGGGGUAAUAUGAAGAUAACGAAGUGUCCCGCAAUCAUCAUCAAUAAUACACGCUGCGUAAAAAAUGCAGGUGAAGCGGCACCGUAUCCAAAAUGCUGCCCAUCCCUUUCGUGCUCUCUUCUUGACGCUGACGAUACUGCGACUAUAUAUAGUUGAAUGUUCCCGUACAAGAUGCUUAGAGAUAACCGACAAACGAGCAACGUAAAUCUCCUCCGAAUGCCGAAAAGUAAAUAAAUUCUGCUGCUAAUUUCAGCAUCAACCGUGCUGAAAUAAGCAAUUAUUUCAA